UUUGGUGGCAACCUCGUAAACAUUUUCCAUUAAUAUGCUAACAAAUUAUAUCGUUUGAAACAAGAAAUAUCGAUUUUGGACCGAGGACAUGUGACAGCAAUUAUUUGUACUUAACAAAUGAUUAACCGGCCCUGACCUAUAAAGGGAUCCAAACAACUUCAUCACUGCGACCAGUCCUAAUGAGCGUGUCCAACAUGGAAGAAGAAUUUGUUAAAUUGAAUAAAAAUAAUUCCAUGAAAGUGACCACCGGUUUCCAGAAUGUGAUUGUACUAACGGCAGUUGAGGCUUUCAAUAAACCUGAAUCCAUACCUAAAACCGAUCGAGAUGUUAAAAACGCGGGGUUUUUUGCGAAAUUACUAAGGAAAUCGAAUGUGUCGGAUAUCGAUAAGACAAAAGGAAAACCUCUUUGGGCCAACAAAAUCGAUUCAGAUGAAAGAAUUGAUAUCGAGAACCGAAAAAUAGUAUCGACUACAGACAGGUCAAACAUCUCGAAUAGAUUUCAUUUCGCCAAACCGGAAGUUACGUCCGAAGUUACAUCGGAAGUUAAUAACGAUGAAAUCAAAAAUAAAUCACCACGUAAAAAAUCGAUCGUCGUACCAAGUAGGGUAAAUCGAUUCAAAACGCCAGUAAAUUACAACGGCAGUCACAUGUUCAUGCCUACAGGCGAACGUUUGUUCUGGCUCGGUGAGACCCGUCCGUCAUCAUUCGGUCCAGCCACGUACCAGGAUUUCAAGGAGAUCAGAUCUCGCUGUCUCUCCGAAGGCAGGCUGUUCGAGGAUCCGGAAUUCCCGGCCACCGAUCGCAGUUUGUACUACAAGGAACGUCUGGAUAGACCCUUAACAUGGCUAAGACCUGGGGAAAUCAGCGAAGAUCCGCAGCUAUUCGUGGAGGGCUACAGUCGCUUCGACGUGCAACAGGGCGAGUUAGGAGACUGUUGGUUGCUGGCUGCCGUCGCCAAUCUGACGCUCCAUAGAAAACUCUUCUUCCAAGUAGUGCCGGACGACCAGAGCUUCGACGAAGAAUACGCUGGUGUCUUCCACUUCCGGUUCUGGCAGUAUGGUCGCUGGGUGGACGUUGUCGUCGACGACCGCCUGCCGACGUACCGCGGUAAACUGGUCUUUCUUCACUCAUCAGAGAGAAAUGAGUUUUGGAGUGCCUUAUUGGAGAAGGCCUAUGCUAAACUCCACGGUUCCUAUGAAGCCUUAAAGGGAGGUUCAACCUGUGAAGCCAUGGAAGAUUUCACGGGCGGUGUGACCGAAAUGUACGAAAUGACGGAACUACCGCCCAACUUCUAUACUAUACUACUGAAAGCAUACGAACGUAACUCACUCAUGGGAUGCAGUAUUGAGCCGGACCCCAAUGUAUUGGAAGCGGAGACCCCAGUAGGUCUGAUCAGGGGUCACGCGUACUCCGUGACUAGGGUCAAGUAUGUUGACAUAGAGACCCCGGGACGUGCUGGGAAAAUACCCCUCUUGAGGUUAAGGAACCCCUGGGGCAAUGAGGCUGAAUGGAACGGACCUUGGAGUGAUAAAUCACCAGAAUGGCGCUUCAUCCCGCAAUCCGAGAAGGAGGAGCUGGGGUUGACGUUUGACGAUGAUGGAGAAUUUUGGAUGGCAUUCAAGGACUUCACCAGCAACUUUGAUAGAGUCGAAAUCUGCAACUUGAACCCCGACUCCCUGGACCCCGAAGAAUGUCCUGAGGGCUGCACCAAGAAGUGGGAGAUGUCUGUGUUUGAAGGGGAGUGGGUCAGAGGUGUAACCGCUGGCGGCUGUAGGAAUUACCUGGAAUCGUUUUGGAAGAAUCCUCAAUACACCGUUACACUGAAAGACCCCGACGAAGAUGACGCGGAGAACAAAUGUACCAUAAUAGUGGCGUUGAUGCAAAAGAACCGUCGCUCUCAGCGUCACCAGGGGCUCGAGUGCCUCACCAUAGGGUUCGCGGUGUACCGCCUGCCCGACUACGGCCAUGUGCCCAAGCCCUUAGAUGUCAACUUCUUCAAAUACAACGCCAGUGUGGGCAGGUCGCAGGCCUUCAUCAAUCUGAGGGAGGUCAGCGCCAGAUUCAAAUUCGAGCCCGGAAGCUACGUCAUAGUGCCGUCCACCUUCGAACCUGACGAGGAAGGGGAGUUCCUGUUGCGUGUGUUCUCCGAGAAAACGAAUAACAUGACAGAGAACGACGAAGAAGUAGGGAUGGGAGACGUGGAUGACAGAGUGAAGGAAAUAACUCCCAACCCGGAGCCCGCGGAUCCUGUUAGAGAGUUCUUCACCCGCCUGGCUGGGAGCGACGGGGAGGUGGACUGGCAGGAACUGAAGGAGAUACUGGACUACGCCAUGAGAGAGGAAAUGGCUAUGCGGCAUGGCGCUUAUGACGGGGGCGGGGGAUCCCCGCCGAGCGAACAGAGCUGUUUGGAACAGCUGCUUUGCGCGCUCUGCACGCCGAUCUGCAAGGAGAUAGGAAUAGACUUGCAGCAGAUGCAAACACAGCCGGAGCAGGUCCACCUCAACCAGCCGCAGACGCAAGAACUAAAAGGACAAGGUUUCUCUAAGGAAGUCUGUAGGAGUAUGGUUGCUAUGUUGGACAAAGACAACUCUGGCGGACUCGGCUUCGAAGAGUUCAAAUCUCUUUGGAUCGAUUUGCGCAACUGGAGGGCCGUGUUCCGCCUGUAUGACGUGGAAGGUCGCGGCGCCAUCCCCGCCCACAGUCUCCGAGACGCGCUGCACUCCGCCGGAUACACCGUCAACGCACACGUACUGAACGUGCUCGCUCACAGAUACGGGUCAAGCGAUGGCUACAUACAGUUUGAUGACUUCAUCAUGUGUUCGGUGCGGCUGAAGACCAUGAUCGCGAACAACGAGCCGCUUGAGAAUCUUGAACGGGAGCUGCCUUGAGACACCCAACGGACGGAAGGACACAAACGCUUUCCAAGGCAGGUCGUCGGGCGGCGACUACGCCACGUUUUCUCUGGACGAAUGGCUGAAUCGCACAGUCUACUCCUAAAAAGCCUUAUCACGUACGACUUAAAGUCCAAAAUUGUCCGCCAAAAAGUUAUUAUAGUCACAAAUUCAUGUUAUACGGGUAUUUUUUAACGACUCGUCAGAGCAUUUUAUCCACCGAUGACCCAUUCCAAUGCUGGGUGAAUAUUCUUCCUCCAGGGACUGUGCGGUCGCUUCCCAGUACACUCAUCGAUACGCUAAUAUAUGACAAUGCAUUUCGCUUGCAAGUUAUCUGUAUGAAAAUUUUUAUUAUUUUAUAUCCUCAAAGAGAUCUGAAUAUAUGUUAUAUAUAAAAAAUAA